AUGAAAGUUAUUAUUGCAUUUGAUUUAACAGAAAGGAAACUUUUUGAGAUGCCUUAUCCAAAUGGUGUAGGCCAAAAUUCUGAUCAUUAUGAGUUGUGGGUAUAUCAAGAAUUUCUUAGUUUAUGGACUAUGGAUUGUAAAAAUAGUAGAAUUGAAAUAUGGUUGAUGAAAGAAUACAAUGUGAACUCGUCUUGGAUUAAGGCUAUUGUUUUCCCUGUGCAAAUCCUAUCUCCUCAUCAAUUUUCUCCAAUAUGCUCUACAAAAAAUGGUGAUAUCAUUGUAACAAAUGGGACUAGAUUAUUGAGGUAUAACGACAAAGGAGAGCUUAUCGAGGGUUCCUCAUACAGAUGCUUUCCAGAUAGUGCAGUUUCACGUGGAUCUCCAUCAAUAGUGUAUACAGAAUCUUUUCUUUCACUCCCUGGUGAUGGCACGCAAUCUUAA